AUGAUCUUGAAUCUAUAUUUCGAAAAUUCCUUUGGGCUCCAAGGGAAGAUCCUCGUGGUAGAUGUCGGUUAUCAUGGGAUAUGGUUUGUAGACCGCUGUCAUCUGGGGGUCUUGGAAUUAAGACUCUCCACUUGGAAUCGGGCUUUACUUGCAAAACAUGUGUGGGAUAUUGCUAGGCGACGGGAUUCUAUGUGGGUUCAUUGGAUUUAUAGUAAUAAUCUCGGUUCUUCGAAUUUCUGGAUGGUUCGUAAGAAUUCUAAUUGGUCUUGGGUUUUUCAUAAACUUUUAGACUUGCAGAGUCAUUUGCGUCGGUUUCUUUUUUCUCAAAUUGGUGAUGGUUGGGACACGAAUGCUUGGGAGGAUGCUUGGUUACCUUGUGGUCCUCUAUCCGCUUUUAUCUCUUACCGGUUUGUCCAUUCAUGUGGGUUCUCUACCUUAACGACAGUUCGUGAUCUUAUUAUAAACUGGAAUGGUAAUUGGCCUGAUGAUUGGUGUCAACGGUUUGAUAUGCUUCAUAAUUCUCCGUUACCUUUAUUGACCUCUGUUCGUGAUAAAGUUCUAUGGGGGGACAAUUAUACUAUGUGUUUGGAUUUUACUGUGGGUAAGGCUUGGGCUUCCUUAGAGGGUAAUCAUCCUGUGAUCCCUUGGUCUAAAUUGGUUUGGUUCUCGGGUCAUAUUCCAAAGCAUGCAUUCUGUUUUUGGUUGGCUUGUCAGAGACGGCUUCCGACUCAAGACCGUUUACAUUGGAAGGAUGAGCCCCCAGAUUUGGAGUGUUCUUUUUGUGGUCAAUGUUUGGAUAGUCAUGAUCAUUUAUUCUUUCAAUGUUCGUAUGCUGGAGUUGUAUGGACUAGUGUUUUACAUAUGGUGGAUCUGCCGGGUAUGCCUUCAAGGUGGGAGCAGAUUGUUCAAGUUAUUUCGGAUCCUAAUAGUCUUCUGAAAUUGUUAAAGCAGAAGCUUGCUGUGGCUGCUACUGUUUACUAUAUUUGCCAGGAGCGUAAUAGAAGACUUUUUUCUGUGACUAAGCGUACGACUCAGGAUCUUAUUGCAGUUAUUAGGGAUUCUAUCUCUAUUCGUGCAGAUUGGUAG